AGGGAAAUAGCUCAAAAUACCACCAAUUUUAUAAUUUUAUGUCAAAAUACCACCCCUUCUCAAAAUUUUUAAAACUAUGACCUAUAAAUACAUUUUUAUUGUAAAUUGAUUGCACCCAUAUCACAUUUUCAGAAAACCUGAGGGGAACUACGGGUUUAGAAUGACUUCGCCUCCGCCUCUUUUCUCGUUCGAUCGUCUACGGCCUCCGCUUCCUCUCUCCUUCGUUCUUCUACGCCCCUGCCUCCGCCUCUGCUUUUUCGAUUGUCUGCCUUCCUCCUCCUCCUCUGCUUUUUCGAUUGUCUACCUUCCUCCUCCUCCUCCUACUUGGCUCUUCUCCUCAGCUAUCAGCUAUUUCAUACCCAGAAGUGUUGGAUCCUGAGCAAGCAGUGAAAGGGCUAUCUGGUUGUAGGAAACUCCGCUCUCAAACAUAGGCAAUGAACAAUUGAGUUGACAUGCUGCUGGGAGAAUUGUUUGCAAUGCAGAGAAGACUUGUCUCUUACUUUUGUGAUGAUGAACUGGCUUCAGGAUUAUGGCCUUCGUAUACUGAAGGGAAAUUGCUAUUUGAUCCUGUUAUAUCUUUUAUGGGACAAACAAAUGAGGGAAGUAGUGUUGAUUCAUCACAGAAAGCUGAGUCUUCAGAGCAUCCGCCAAAGGUUGACAAAUCAUCAGGGGAAUCUGAAUCUCCACAAAAACUCUCUACUGUUGAGGCAAAGGAAGGGGUCAAAAUAGAAACUUUACAACACUCUUCAACUGAACAGAUGGCUGAUAAGGAGGAAACUGAAGUUGUCAAGGAAGAAACAGAUGAUAAGCAUGCUGCGACGGUGGAGGAAACAGAGACAGUGAUAGCAGAGCCUGAAAAAUCUGAAUCUGAAUCAUCUUCACUGCCAGUUGAGCCCUUUGAACCCACUGUUAAGAAUGAUGGCCCAUCAGAAUCUGUGGGUUCUCAAGAUGACAACAAGAUUUCAGUAGUGGGACCCUCAGUAAAUCCAGAAACAAUGCAGGGUAAGUCAAGAGCUGUUGAGGUAGAUCAAGUUGAGGAGGGUCAUACUGUUCUCCGCGUGAGGCACAUGAUGUUGAUGUGGAUGAACAAAAGACACAGGUAGAGCAGAAGGAUGGACAUAUGACUCAGGCUGGAGAGAUUGUUGAAACAGUUGCUAUGGUUGAAGCUGAGACUCCAACUGAUAGCCAGCCUGGAGGUUUUCCUCUUUGCUAAUUUAGAAUCAUGUGCAGUUAUGAUUUUAGAUCUGUAGAUAACCUGUUGUUGCUGAUAUUGCUACACGGGAGGAGAACAGAACAACUUGGAAAAUGUGCAAGAAGGGAGAGCUAACUCAUACAACGAAGAACAAAUUGAUGAAGUUAAGAUCAAAUUAGUAGAAUUUGUGAGCUCUCCAUUAUUUAUAAUUAUAGGUAGGAAGUAUGUAUGUAAUAGAGCAAAGAUUGGUUGACUAUGUAAUAACAAUUGAAUUGUCAAGUUUUAUGAAAGAAAUAAUUUUUGCUUCUUGGGA